UCCCCCGGCCUUGAGCUCGCCCUGGACCGCUGCCCUGGCGCCCUCGGCGCCGACCCGGCGCCAGCGGCGCGGGUGGCCGAGUGCGCGACAGCGCCCCCGCCGCCGUGCGCGCUGCAGCCGCUGCCCGCCUGGCUCGGGCUGGCCGGACAUUUGCUGCUCGUGGGCUUCACCGCCAGGAUCGUCUCCCGCGGCUGCCGCGAGCCACGCCACCGGGCACGGGUGGCUGCCUGGGCCCACCCCCGCCCGGGUGCCCGCACAGGGCCCGCCCAGUCCCAAGGUGCCGUCCGACUAUUUCGACGACCCGGAUGGCGUUACUGGCACCUCCGCCUCCUGCCGCAGACCGACGGGAACGGCCUCUGGACGGACGUGGCGUCGACGGGGACGGUGCAGGUGCUGGAUCUCUCGCAGCCGUGGGCCCUCCCCUCGGACCGCUAUGAGCUGAUCCCGGCGCCGUGCUGUGACGAAUGUUUCAUCUUCGACUCGAUCUCGGCGACGGGGCCCACCGAGUUCGUUAGGCGCGGGGAGAUGCCGGCCGCGGUCCACGGGAUCACAGCCGCGGGCGUGUCGACCCCCAGCUCCGUCUGGCGCGUCGUCGACCCCGCCCACGAGGCGGUCGCCUCCGCCGAGCCCGUGGCCGCGGUGGCCGACCCCGCCUGCGUCGCCGCCCGGGAGGCCAGCGCCGUCGCGCUGGUGUACCACCACCGGGUCCAUGCCGAGGCGGAGGGGGCCCGACGGGAAGAGGGUCGGCGGCUGGACGGGGUCACUGCCUUCGGCCGCGCCCCUCGAGCGACGGGCCUGGGCCGCGCCCGCUACGGCGUGCUCUACUUCUCCGAGGCGGACACCCUCGCCCCCUAUGGGGCCGGGAAGAUCGAGCGCUUCCCGCUGUCGGGUCCGCUCGUGGCGGCCGAGUUCUUGCAGAGCCUCCGCGCCCAGGGCCAGUCGCUCACCUCGCACCAUCACGAGCGGAACCGCAAGUCGAGGGUCAACGUCCACAGCGCCUCGGCUCGCGAGCGCCCCUUCCUCUCCAUGCUAGCCAGCACCAGGCUCGCGCUCCGACGCAUGGCGCGCAUCGAGGCGGCGGCGCAGCAUUUCGCCACGGUGCCCGACCUCACAGGCCUCGACGCGCUGAGGAGCGCGCUCACUGACGAGAGUGGAGCGGCGACGACGGCGGUCUUCACUCAGUCGGAAGCCGACCACCAGAAGGACCUAGCGACGAUCGCGAAGCAGGGGCAGCUGCCACGCGAGGAGAAGGAAGCAGAGCGCAAGCGGGCGACCGACCCCCAGGGCAAGGGGUCGGCGCCCGCGGGGGCCUUGUUUGAGCUUCUCAAGACCAACGACAUGCAUGAUACAGAGCCGCAGGGCCUCGAGGUCUUCGACGCCGAUCGCCUGAAGGUCCUCGAGCGCCCGACCAAUCCCAAGCCGCUGGAGUCCGCGCUGUCCGGCUUCGCCCUCGCGCAGCACCUGGAGUCCGAGCGGCGCCUCGAGCGCGCCGCCGCCAAGGUGGAGGCGCGCAUCCAGGACGGCUUCAUCGCGCCCGUGAAGCCGUGCUGGGACCCCAAGCUCCGCGCCUACCGCCCGGCCCACUUCGCGCUGCUGGAGGACCUGCUGGCGCGCGGGCUUGGCGGCCUCCGCGCGUCGUUCCGCGCUCGCAUCGCGCUGUUCUUCCGGGCCAAGAAGGGCGGCUCCCGACGCAUGAUCGUCGACGCCCGCGAGGCUAACCAGCUCAUGCAGGAGCCGCCACACGUGCAACUCGGAGGCCCCGGCGCCCUCCGCGACCUCGACCUCAGCGACGCCGCCUUCGAGGUCGCCGGCUGUGAUCCGCGGGGGGCCGACAUCCACAUCGCGAGCUUGGACUUGUACCAGGGCUUCUACCAGUGCCGGGCUAAGCGGCUCGGGCGGUGGUUCGGCGUGGCAUUCGGUCUCGCGGCCCGCGAGGGCGUCCACGUCGACGGCGACGCCGUCCUGUACUUCGCGAUGGAGGUGCUCUGCAUGGGCUUCAGCUGGGCGCUCUGCUUCUGCCAGGCCAUCAUGGAGGCCGCCCCCUGCUACCGCUGGGCGGUGGUCGCUCCUGGGCACCCCGUGUUCUCGGUGCACGUCGACAACGGCGCCGUGAUCAGCUUCAAUCGCGCUGGCACGCAGCGCGGCCUGGACCGCUGCCUCGCGCGCCUGGCGGAGAAGGGUUCCAUCGUGCGCGACGUCGAGCCGGCCCAGACGAAGCUCACCGCGGUGGGCUUACGCUUCUUGGGCGGAUCCCAGCUCGAGCUGCUGCCGGCCGAGAAGUACACCUGGCGGCUCUAUCUCGCCAUCGAACGUCUUCUCCAGCCGGGGGCCUGCCCCGGCGUCACCCUCGAGCGCGUCGUCGGCCACCUGGUGAGGCACUUCCGCAUGCCCUGGGGGCUGUCCGCUCUCGACCACUGCUACCGCUUCUUGCCGCGCUAUGGUCGCCGCGACUGGGGCUGGUUCAGCGAGUCCCUGGUCACCGAGCUGCGGGUCUUGAAGGGCCUCGUGAAGCUGGUCAACGUGGACCUGGCGGCGCCGCGCGCGCCCGUGGUGUUCUCGGGGGACAGCUCGACCUUCGGCUACUCGCCCUCCAUCACGCGGGCGUCGCCCUCGGACAUACUGGACGCCGACCGCCUGCACGAGCGCUGGAGGUUCAAGACGGAGGAGGUCAGCCUCACGGAGCUGCCCGGCGACGGCGGCCGCAUCGCGUCGCACGCCCCGCACCUGGCCGCCGCGUUCCGAGCGCUCUGCUUCGACGUCGCUGGCAUCGCCGAGCAAUCAGGGCCGCCCCGCUCGGCGCCCUCCUCCUGGCCUCGCCAGCUGCGGUCGCCUUGCCGCGUGGUCGAGGUCUCUGGUUCCUUCCGCGCCCUGGGCGACACCUGGGCCCGCACCGAGCGAUGGCGCUACAUC